GCAAGAGGCAAUGGGAGGAUUAGGAAUAUCAUCACUGAAUUUGAAUCUGACCCCAACUACCAUUGCUAUCAGUACCCUGGUUGCUACGGUGCUGAUAUGGUGGUUUUGGAGUGCGCUCAACUGGGUGUGGCUGAGACCAAAGAAGAUAGAGAAGCGUCUCAAGGAGCAGGGUUUCCAUGGCAAUUCCUACCGCCCUUUGGUUGGAGACCUCAGAGACAUGGUCAAAAUGAUCAAGGAAGCCAAAUCUAAACCCAUGGAUCCUCACUCUAACGAUAUUGCACCCCGUGUUUUGCCUUUCGUUGUUCAUACCAUCGGUAAAUAUGGGAAGAACUCGUUUAUGUGGCUUGGUCCAAGACCCAGGCUUUUCAUCUUGGAUCCAGACAAAAUCAGAGAAAUUGCUACUAAGGUCUAUGAAUUUCAAAAACCCGAAUCCAGUCCACUUUUCAGGCUUCUAGCAUCAGGCUUUGCAAAUUAUGAUGGCGACAAGUGGGCUAAACACAGAAAGAUCGUUAGUCCAGCGUUCAAUGUAGAGAAAAUGAAGCUCUUGGUACCGAUAUUUUCCCAGUGUUGCGAUGAUAUGAUCAAUAAAUUGGAGACUCUGGUAUCUUCGUCUAAUGGGUCAUGCGAGAUGGAUCUGUGGCCUUUCGUCCAAAACGUGUCAAGCGACGUCCUUGCUCGCGCAGGCUUUGGAAGUAGCUUCGAGGAAGGAAGAAGAGUAUUCGAACUUCAAAGGGAAAUGCUUCAACUUACUAUGACACUCUUUAGGUUUGCUUUCAUUCCAGGGUACAGGUUUCUGCCAACACAUACCAACAGGAGGAUGAAAGCAAUUGACCAAGAAAUACGAUCAUCACUUAUGGGUAUCAUCAACAAAAGAUUAAAAGCAAUGAAAGCAGGGGAGCCUACCAACAAUGACUUGUUAGGCAUUCUCUUGGAAUCAAAUUACAAGGAAUCUGAAAAAAAUAGUGGUGGAGGAAUGAGUUUAAGGGAGGUAGUGGAAGAAGUCAAACUAUUUUACUUGGCAGGGCAGGAAGCGAAUGCUGAAUUGCUGGUUUGGACUUUGUUAUUACUAAGCAAGCAUCCUGAUUGGCAAGAAAAGGCUAGGGAGGAGGUUUUCAAAGUGUUCGGCAAUGAUAAACCAGAUUAUGAAAGGCUUAGUCAACUUAAAAUUGUAUCAAUGAUUAUACAAGAGAGUCUCAGAUUAUAUCCACCGGUGGUUAUGUUUGCUCGAUAUCUUCGUAAAGAUGCAAAACUUGGAGACCUUACAAUUCCUGCAGGAGUGGAGCUUGUAGUACCUGUGUCAAUGCUACACCAGGAUAAGGAGUUUUGGGGCGAUGAUGCCAGUGAUUUCAAACCAGAUAGAUUUGCUGAAGGAGUCUCAAAGGCAACACAAGGCAAACUUUCAUACUUGCCAUUUGGAUGGGGUCCUCGACUCUGCAUAGGACAAAAUUUUGGCUUGUUAGAAGCAAAAAUAGCUGUGUCCAUGAUCCUGCAACAUUUUUCCCUCGACUUUUCCUCGUCCUACACUCAUGCUCCAUCCUUUAUUAUUACUCUUCAGCCUGAGCAUGGGGCUCAUCUUGUUUUACGUAAACUGUAGAAGAAUGCACUUUAGUCGUUAGCUAAUAAAAUUAGGCUUCUUUUUUUGAAACCUAUGUGUAUUCUUAAGGAAUUUGUAAUGUUAAUUUUGUGUUUGUAUGUUAUGGAGAUGAUAAAUCUGAACCUUUACAUUACUAAAGUCUGUUUCAUCACCUGUUUUUGUUUAUGAUCGUUAAACCAUUUUAUAGGAAAUCUGAACUUACCUGGCAAUACGAAUUGAAGUUGAGUGUUCCACUACCUUUGCGUCAGAGGAAAUAUCGAUACCCAUC